AACUAUACGCGAAUCUCAAACAUGACCACAUACUUCAACUAUCCCAGCAAGGAGCUGCAGGAGGAGCUCAAGACCAUCGCCCAGGCGAUCGUCGCUCCCGGCAAGGGUAUCCUCGCCGCCGAUGAGUCCGUGUCGACCAUGGGCAAGCGUCUUAAGGACAUUGGCGUGGAGAACUCCGAGGAGAACCGUCGCGCUUACCGCCAGCUUCUGUUCACCACUGACGAUAAGUUGUCUGAGAACAUCUCUGGCGUUAUCUUGUUCGACGAGACUCUGUACCAGAAGGCCGAUGAUGGCACUCCCUUCGUUCAGCUGCUGAAGAAGAAGGGCAUCAUUCCCGGCAUCAAGGUCGACAAGGGUGUUGUCCCAUUGUUCGGCUCUGAGGAUGAGUCGACCACCCAGGGUCUGGAUGAUUUGGCUGCCCGUUGCGCCAAGUACAAGAAGGAGGGUUGCGAUUUCGCCAAGUGGCGUUGCGUGCUGAAGAUCGGCAAGAACACCCCCUCAUACCAGUCCAUUCUGGAGAACGCCAAUGUGUUGGCCCGUUAUGCCUCCAUCUGCCAGUCGGAGCGCAUCGUCCCCAUUGUUGAGCCUGAGGUGCUUCCCGAUGGUGAUCACGAUCUGGACCGUGCCCAGAAGGUCACCGAGACCGUUCUGGCUGCCGUCUACAAGGCCCUGAACGAUCACCACGUCUACCUGGAGGGUACUCUGCUGAAGCCCAACAUGGUCACUGCUGGUCAGUCUGCCGCGAAAAAGAACACACCCGAGGAGAUCGGCUUGGCCACCGUUCAGGCUCUGCGCCGCACCGUGCCCGCUGCCGUUCCCGGCGUCACCUUCCUGUCUGGUGGUCAGUCCGAGGAGGAGGCCUCCGUCAACUUGAGCGCCAUCAACAAAGUUCCUCUGGGUCGCCCAUGGGCUCUGACCUUCUCGUACGGUCGUGCCCUGCAAGCCUCCGUGCUCCGCGCAUGGGGUGGCAAGAAGGAGAACAUUGGUGCUGGCCAGAACGAGCUGCUCAAGCGCGCCAGGGCCAAUGGUGCUGCCAGUGCAGGUUGCUAUGAAGCCGGUUCGGUUAAAGGCGCUGCUGGUGAUGCUGGACUUCAUGUUGAAGAUCAUAAACAGGCUAAUGCCCAAGCUUGCCAAGGCAAAUACGUGGCCGGUUCGAUACCCUCGUAUGCGGCUAAUGCCAGUCUCUUCAUUGCUGGCCACAAAUACGCUAACGGUGAGGCCGCUGUGGGCAAAUACGUUCCCGGCAGCGCUGGUGCCGGUUCCGGUUCCCUGUUCAUUGCCAACCACGCCUACUAAGGUGGCCGCAAACGCUAAUGCAGAUAAUAAAACGCGAGUUGCUGGAAAAAUCACUUUUCGGCAAUUCUCAUUAUUUAUUUUCUAAGUUACACGCAAGCAAAAAGCUGAUAAAAAGCAUGCAGAAAAAAGCAAAAAAAAAAAAAUGAAGAUGAUGGAUCACAAAAAUUGUUGAAAAAAAAUUAAUAAUUAUGUUUAUGAGACGCAAUUUUACUUUUAGUUGUAAGCACAAAGAAAAAAAAAAUGUUGAAGUUAUGCAAAUUAUAUAAAUAUUAUUAAUAUUUAAAAUUAUGAAUUUUUGUAAUUCAUUUCAUUGUUUCAAACGCACUUGUUUUAACAUGUCGCAAGUCAAAAAAGUGUAACAAAUCGAACAACAUCAACAAAAAAAUAAGAACAACAACAAUGAACAAUUCAAGUUUCAAACAUUGAAAUCGCAUGUGUUUCUUACGUUUCUAAUUAUGUCGUAUAUAUUUUUCAACGUUUGUAAAAAAAAAGCUAUGAGAAAACUUUUUUUUAUAAUUAUUAUUAUUAUUACACUUUAUAUUUAUGAUUACGAUUAUAAUUAUAAGUGAAGACGCAAAUAAACAAUACACAAACACUAAUAAAAAAGAAAUACUUACCUUUAAUCAAGAACAAACCAAAUAAUUGUCAACUGACAUAAGUUGAUUUUCAUACACAUAUAUACAUAUAUAUAUAUGAAAUUGUUAUUGCUAAAUGGUUGAAAAUAUUAACAAAACAUAACAAUGUAUAGUAAUAAUAAUAAUAUGGUGACUGCAAUACUGUAGUUGACAGCUUAUUAUUAUUGUUAUUAUUUACCCUUGUAUUGAUAGCCACCGAAAUAUUCCCAUUUGAUCACGGAGAUCAAGGGAUAUCGAUGCUGAUAAAUUACUAACCCCAUACAUACCUAAAUAUUUAUAUUUAUGAUUCAUAUUAUUAUGUGUUACUCAAUUUGAUUACUUUAUAUAUUUCUGCAUAUCGUUGUUAAUCGAAAACAUUUUAGAUGCAAGCAAAGCAAAUAAUAUAUUACAUUUAUAAGCGAACUUUAUGAUUUUAGAGAAGAACUUACGAAAACAAUGAAAGGUAUAACUCAUUUAUUAAAACCUGAAAUCCUGAAAGCGAAACGUACAAUAACAACAUGUAAAAGCAAGAACAACAUGUUUCACUUAACAUUAACCAAAAUACAGAAGAAAACAAAUCAACAACAACAAUUACAAUUAUGUUAAAAAAUAAGGGCUUUGAACGAACAUCAUUCAAUAAAGAAAACCUUAUAAGAGAGCAAACCAA